AUGUAUGAGCCACUUUACUACGCCUUUGACGCUUACCCGACGGUCAUUCCCCGAGUCAGAGUGCGAGGCGUGAUGGCUCUCUUCUUAGCGGUCUCCAUUCUAUGGGCCCUAAUCUGGCUUUUGUAUCGUGCAUGGCAGGUAUGCCAAACCCCCAAUGAGCUUCUCGUUGAGAAGCUGGGUCUAGAUAUUCCGCCGCCGCCCGAAGUCACCCUGGAAGAGAUCACGGCUCGUGAGAUCCACCUAGCCUGGAAACAACCCGAUUUUCAUAAUUCAAUACAUAAGCAUAUCAUUCAAGUGAACAGUGUCAAAGGUAUGUGCUUAUGCUCUGGAUGUUCAGUCUGCGGAGGAAAUAUUAAUAGAGCACUAGUGGGCGAGUCGAAACGAGCAGAGACCGCGGUUGAAAUUCUAAAUCUCAUACCCGGAACCAUCUAUCACAUCUGCGUUUUAUCCGUCAGUGCGGCAAAUUUCCAGACCCCAAGUGCCAUUCUCCAUGUUCGAACAAAAUCUCUUCCGUUGUCCCGAUCCCAGCAGGAUGCCCCCACCGGUGGUCCGACAAUCCGAGCAUCGAUCCCGCGAUCCACGGCCGGUCUACCGACUCCAUCUGCUCCGGUGAUGGCACGUGAACAUAGCGCGGGACAAUUGCCAGGGAAGCGGCCGGCCGCCGGCCGCAAACUGUCACCCGCGGCUGGAAUGGCAGAUUUUACACACGGACACGAUGAAUUGCAUAAAGGGGUGCUCAGGAACGAUCGCGAUGGAAGUCUGGAACAACUCGCUGAUCGAUUGAAAGCGUUACAACAAGAAAAUGAAAAUAUGGAAAAACAGGUGACUGAGGAGGAAGACGAGCAUAAUGCAAUGAUGAAGGAGUUGGAGAAGCACCGUGACGAGCUGAAGAAGCGGGUGAAGGAGAAGGAUGAAGUUAGCGGGGAUCUGAAGAAACAUGUCUCAAAACUGGAGAGCGUCAAUCGCUCCGUGCAGGGCGAGAAGUCCAAACGAAUGAGGCUUCUUCAGCAGAAGGAGGCAGAGCGCAAGAAACGUAAGAACGAUAUCAUUCGAUGGCAAGAAAGGAUUACACGGAUGACUGCCGAUGCCGCUCAAGCCAAAGAGGACAAGGCCCGGUUGGAGGAAGAUGGCGAAGCCCGAGGGGAAGAAAUCCGCAAGAAAAUUGCGAAAGAGCAGGCGGAGAUGAAGUUGAUCGACGAAGAAAUUCAAGACAAGGGAGGCCGGAUCAAGAAGCUGGAGGACGAACGACAAGGUCUCCAGGGCGGCGAUAACGAAGAUGGGAAGGAACUGGACCGAAUUGAUAAUGAGCGGGCUCGUCAAUGGGAGUUGAAGCUAGGCGAGCUCCACGCUCGAUACGCUACUCUCGUCAAUCUUCAUGCGCAAGCACAACAGCAGUAUCAAGAAGCCCAAGAGCGGUUGAAGUGGCUUACCACGCAACGUCCUAGUAGCUCAGGUCCAUUUGCCUUGCCGACUUUGGAAUUGGACAUGUCAAAUUCAGCGACCAUUCGGCCCCGCCGUCACCGCAGCUCUCUGGUUAGCAAUUUCUCCUCGCCUAUGAAUUACCCGGGUAUCGAAUCGACGUUCCCGGGAAUCAAUUGCAACCCGCCCUCUUCCAACUCGCCCACAUUCGCUCCUACGUCUACCUUCUUCAAUAUUAAUAAUGGAAUGACCCUGCCGAGUUUGUCCGAUCCACCAGAGAUCAUGCGCUCUGACGCGGAGGCUGCGUUCAACAAUCCCCAAAUGAGUCCCCGAGCCGAUGCCUUGCUGCCAUCGGAUCUGCUUGGCGACGAGGAGUCGCCUGAAUUCCCGCGCCCAGUGGGCCGCGCGCGAUUCUCGACGAUGGAUACGUCCAACAUGCCCUUGGAUGGAUUUGGCCACGGCCCUGUCUCGCCGGUUUCUUCUGGGAGUAGGCCCGGCAGUAUAUUUGCUAGCCCGUUGGAGGCCCGCAAUCGACGGGACUCUGAUUCCCAACCAGGGCACUUAUCCGCUACUGAGGAGGCGCCGAAAAGUGCUUCUCGACGACUUUCAGGUAUUUUUGGGUUCCACCGACCCCGUGGCAAGACUUUGGCGGACGGACCACCUAUGUUGGGUACUUUGAAACCGGGACAAAGCCAGUCUUUCCCACGAAACGUUGAUGAGAUGGACCCGAUCGGAUCGCGACGUCGGAGAUUGAGCUAUACGGGUAAUUGGGCAAAUGCAAUGUCCUUAUUCCCUCGAAGUAACACGACCGGUGUCACUGCAGACAGUUCUUCCGAUCAUGCGCCUUCCCGGAGGGCUGCUUUCUCAAACAUCUUCUCAUCCAGCAAAUUUGGGUUUGGCGGUGCUGGCAGCCGUGGAAAUUCUGAUCUGAGCACUGGAUACAAUCAAUUCAGCCCUCGCCAUGACCCCAUUGAUCCGUCGUCUCUUCUUGGUGGCGUUCGACGGGGAUCUCUUUCUCCGCGGCCGUCAUCCACGUUCUCGUUCGAUAAUACGAAUCAGCUUCCCCAUCCCUCUACGGACAACCGUCAUUUCGGGUGGCCAUCGACGGAUCAAAUGGGCCAUCGUAAUAGUCCUCUGGGAUUGGAUUGGACGUCUCCAUCGACGUGGUCAAGAGCACCUUCUCGUCGUCCCUCAAUCCAGUAUGGGUCGUCUGGGCAUCUUCCGUUGGGAUUGACGGGUGAGCCGGAUUUUGUCGAGGACACAUACGACCGUCAUCAUCGGCCGCUGCAGGCGCCGAUUGGUACCCGUCCGUCAUCAUCCCACCGACCUAUCACACCAAGGCUCAACCCGGCUGCGCCAUCUUUCAGAGGAAUUUUUGCGAGCAGGAAAUCUGACAAGGACAAGGAUCGAGACGAGUCUGAUGUCCCCUUUGACCUUCAUGUCGAUGAUGGGUCUCCUUCAGAGCCUCGCACCUCUCGCUCCUUCUCACACUUCACUGGCGAGUCAUACGAGUCCCUGGAACGCAUGCCGUCCGGUACCUCCGUCGACAACGCAUCGAAGGAAUCAUUCAUUCGCAAGAUCACACGCAAAGGCAGCUCGAGCAAAUUCAGCUCAUGGAAGGACCGCUCUGGUUUGUUCUCGAAAAAAGGCGAGUCCUCACAAACAGAUAUCGAUGAGGACGCAGCCAGUGAGGCCCAGCUGGCGAAGAGCAUUGACAGUACGCUCUCUAGCGUGCCAUCUGCGGACCGAUCUACUCGCAGCAGUCUUGGCUUCUUCUCUCGCAAGUCGCGGAGAUCCGACAAGGCGAGCGAGACGAGUGAACGGGCCAGUGAGACUGGCGAUGAAGAAAUCCCGGAAAUCCCAGAGAUUCUUUCGUCUUGA